ACACCCUGACACCGCCCCUCCCCUUUCUCUCCCUCUCCCCAAAAAAGAAAAAAAGAAAAAGAAAAAGAAAAAGAAAAAGAGUUGCUAGGGUUUUCACUGCACUUGAGGUUCGUAGAGGAGAAAUUCAAAUUCAAUGCAAAGAAAUUAGAUUUUUGAACGAAAGCUACGAACUUUAAGUUCAUGGACCGCUUGCGUCCUAGGAAUCGAGCGGUCUUUUCUGGAUUUACAAAUGCCGAGGUAGUGAGUAGUCACUGGUAUUUUGCGAAGGUUAUGGAUAAGGUUUUAAAUUGCGGGUAUGGUCGCUGAUUCAUCGCAUUCCUUGAUAUUGCUGGAAAUUGCGGACAAAUGCCACUGAGGUGGCCAUAAUUGCAGUUGCGUUACAGUCAUAGACAUCCCCAUAACGGAUUGAGAAAAUGGAGAAAUUGUUAAGGGAACCUACAGGGGGAUCAUUGGGCAGGGAAUUUUACCAAAAACUGGCUCGAAGUUUCAACUAUUCCUCUGGUCGUGCUGGGAAGCCUAUCAUAAAAUGGACAGAGAUUGAAAGUUGGUUUCAGACUAGGCUCCAAGACUCACCACAAGUCCCUAGCAGUGAGUUGAUGGUUCCUAAAUGUAAGGAAGGAGAAACUAUGCAAGACCCAUCAGAGUUGGAAUUUGAAGCAAGAUCAUCAAAAGAUGGAGCAUGGUAUGAUGUUGAGGCAUUUCUAGCUCACAGAUUUCUUAGCACAGGGGAAGCUGAAGUCCAAGUCAGAUUUGUUGGAUUUGGAGCUGAGGAAGAUGAGUGGAUCAAUAUCAAAACUUCAGUACGUCAACGCUCUAUUCCUUUGGAAAGCACAGAGUGUUCCAACCUGAAAAUUGGAGACCCAGUCCUGUGCUUCCAGGAGAGGAGAGAUCAAGCAAUUUACUAUGACGCUCACAUUGUAGAGAUCCAAAAGAGGAUGCAUGAUAUUAGAGGUUGCAGAUGUCUCCUCUUAAUUCAUUAUGAUCAUGACAACAGUGAGGAAAGAGUUCGCUUGAGGAGACUUUGCCGCAGACCAAGAUCUUAGGUGUAUUUGGGAUCUCAAUUCUCUUUGACAUUCAAGGUGAGCUUUCAAACAGUCAGCAAACGACCCGUGUGCAGUAGGAAGCAACUAGCAUUGACAUUGGGUAUCGUGCUCGAUCAUGCAAAUCUCAUAGUUGAAACAUGUAAAGCCCUUUCCAUGUCCACUUAAGUUUUGGUUGGGAGUGCUGUAGAAGUUGAAUUAUGAAACUUUUGGAAAUGGUUAUAAUUGUAAGUCGGUAAGGGAAGUAUACGGUAAAAAGGAGUCAGCUUCAGCUAUGGAAUUGUUAAUACACUCGGGGGUAAAGACCUCAUUGUUGAAAAUGUAUGUUUUCGGAAUUGAAUGAUAUAAGGAAAAGAUUAAAGUUGUAUGGUUCUAUGGCGGGUAAAUAAGAGUUGAAUUACGGUUUAGUGCA